AUGCUAUCUUCUGCUAAUAAGUUUUAUAUAAAGAGGCAUUUGGCAACACAUGCCAACAUGUUCCCCUCUGUAUCCAAGAAAUUUCAAACAAAAGUGCCUCCCUACGCUAAACUUUUAACUAACCUAGACAAGAUUAAACAAAUAACAAACAAUGCCCCCUUGACACUAGCGGAAAAAAUUUUAUACUCACACCUUUGCGAUCCUGAGGAAUCAAUCACUUCUUCUGACCUGUCCACCAUCCGUGGUAAUAAAUACUUGAAACUGAACCCAGAUCGUGUGGCUAUGCAGGACGCUUCUGCCCAAAUGGCGCUUCUACAGUUCAUGACUACCGGCUUAAAUCAAACAUCAGUCCCAGCAUCUAUACAUUGUGAUCAUUUAAUUGUAGGUAAGGACGGUGAAGCCAAAGAUUUACCCUCCUCCAUAGCUACGAACCAAGAGGUUUUUGAUUUCUUGGAGAGUUGCGCUAAGAGAUAUGGUAUUCAGUUCUGGGGCCCAGGUUCUGGUAUCAUUCACCAAAUUGUUUUGGAAAACUUUUCAGCCCCAGGUCUAAUGAUGCUAGGUACCGAUUCUCAUACACCAAAUGCAGGAGGUCUAGGAGCUAUUGCCAUUGGUGUUGGUGGUGCAGAUGCAGUCGAUGCCCUCACAGGCACACCAUGGGAAUUAAAAGCGCCAAAAAUUUUAGGUGUAAAAUUGACUGGAAAACUAAACGGAUGGUCCACUCCUAAGGACGUAAUUACGAAGCUCGCUGGUUUGCUAACUGUCAGAGGUGGUACCGGUUAUAUCAUUGAAUACUUCGGCGAAGGUGUAUCUACUCUAUCUUGCACAGGUAUGGCAACCAUCUGUAAUAUGGGAGCUGAAGUUGGUGCUACAACAUCAACUUUUCCUUACCAAGAAGCUCACAAGCGUUAUUUGCAAGCAACUAACAGAGCAGAAGUGGCUGAAGCAGCAGAUGUUGCUUUGAACAAGUUUGGUUUCUUAAGAGCCGACCAAGAUGCUCAGUAUGAUAAAGUUAUUGAAGUCGAUUUAUCCGCAAUUGAACCUCAUGUUAAUGGCCCAUUUACGCCCGACUUGUCCACCCCGAUAUCUCAAUAUGCUGAAAAAAGUUUAAAGGAAAACUGGCCACAAAAGGUUAGUGCUGGUUUGAUUGGAUCCUGUACUAAUUCGUCUUAUCAAGACAUGAGUCGUGUCGUCGACUUGGUCAAACAAGCUUCCAAAGCUGGGUUGAAACCACGUAUCCCAUUUUUUGUGACCCCUGGUUCAGAACAAAUUAGAGCUACUUUGGAAAGAGAUGGUAUCAUUGACAUUUUCCAAGAAAACGGCGCCAAAGUUUUGGCAAAUGCAUGCGGUCCUUGUAUUGGACAAUGGAACAGGGAAGACGUCUCAAAAACUUCGAAAGAAACAAACACUAUUUUCACAUCAUUCAAUAGAAACUUUAGAGCUAGAAAUGAUGGUAAUAGGAAUACGAUGAAUUUCUUAACAUCCCCAGAAAUAGUAACAGCAAUGAGCUAUUCUGGAGAUGCUCAAUUCAAUCCAUUAACGGACUCAAUUAAAUUACCAAACGGGGAGAAUUUCAAAUUCCAGCCACCGAAGGGUGAUGAGUUACCAAAAAGAGGCUUUGAACACGGUAGGGACAAGUUUUAUCCUGACAUGGAUCCAAAACCUGAUAGCAGCGUAGAGAUCAAAGUCGACCCUAAUUCUGAUCGUUUACAAUUAUUGGAACCAUUCAAACCUUGGAAUGGCAAAGAAUUGAAAACAAAUGUGCUUUUGAAGGUUGAAGGCAAGUGUACAACGGAUCAUAUUUCCGCUGCGGGCGUUUGGCUGAAAUAUAAGGGCCAUUUAGAAAAUAUUUCUUACAAUACACUAAUCGGUGCUCAAAACAAAGAAACCGGUGAAGUCAACACAGCAUAUGACCUUGACGGAACUGAAUAUGAUAUCCCUGGUUUGAUGAUGAAAUGGAAGUCCGAUGAUAGGCCAUGGACCGUAGUAGCAGAACAUAACUAUGGUGAAGGUUCCGCAAGAGAACAUGCGGCUUUAUCACCAAGAUUCCUUGGUGGCGAAAUUCUUUUAGUUAAGUCUUUUGCAAGAAUUCACGAGACAAACUUGAAGAAACAAGGUAUGUUGCCAUUGACUUUUGCCAACGAAUCUGAUUAUGAUAAAAUUUCAAGCGGAGAUGUUUUGGAAACGUUGAACCUAGUUGACAUGAUCGCUAAAGAUGGCAACAACGGUGGUGAAAUUGAUGUUAAGGUUACUAAACCAAAUCGCGAUUCGUUCAUCAUCAAGGCAAAGCAUACCAUGUCCAAAGAUCAGAUUGAUUUUUUCAAAGCCGGUUCAGCAAUCAAUCAUAUUGGUAAUAUACGAAGAGGCGAAUAA